CAUGCGCAGAAGGGUGAACAGCCUGAAAACAUUUGAAAAUUGAGUUUUGGGGGAAGUAAAACGUGUUACUAUACUUAAUUUAAGUAUUUACCUACCUAGUAAUUUUGUCCAAAAGGGUCGCAAUGGACAGCAGUGUUGAUGGUGCUGAGCAGGGAGAAACAACCAAGUCCUCGCCUCAAACUGGACCGCAAUCUCUUAUUUUGGACCGUAACCCAUCACCACCUCCGGACAAAGCUGAUGAAGAGGAGGAUGAAGGUCUUGAUGCCAUUGGAGACACAGUUUAUAGCAAGCACUGGCUUUUCAGCACGCUGACACGGCUUAUAAAUAUGGUGGCUGAACAUUCAGAAGAAAAGGCUGAAGGUCAGAUGCAGCUGUCCGAGGAUGAUGAGGAGGAUCUCUGUAAAGUCUGGGAUAUGGCCAUGAAUAAGGAUGUGGCAGGUUUUCUGCAGGAAUUCAAAGUGGCUGAAAUCCUCCUUGGCGUCAUAGCCAAAUCCCAAUGUCCACGUCUCACAGAAAUCUGUGUAGGAAUCCUUGGAAACAUUGCUUGUUUUCCUGACACUUGUAUGUCUCUAAGCCAAAAUGAAGACUUGGGAGCUGUGCUGUUGCUUCUUCUUGGAGAUGCAGAUCCUCCAACUCUUCUGGAAACCAGCAGGUUACUAUUGAUGUGUUUGUCUCAGAAAGACGUCUGUUCCCUGUGGCUUCAGCGAAUACGACAGCAGACAUCCGUGUGCUCCAACCUUUGCUUCAUCAUGUGCAGCUCAACCAACAUUGACCUGCUGGAGAAGGUGGGAGAGCUGGUUGAUAAACUGUUUGACCUUGAUGAAGAGUUAAUGAAGAGCUGGGUCACAUCUCGGCUACAUAAAGAGGAGGAGGAGGGUGAAAGUCAGCUGGAUCUGACUUUGUGCCUCCUUGAAGCAGCUAAACAGCUAAGAUCAGAGAGUCCAAAUGGCGUAGAGGUUUACCUUCACAUCCUCCAGCUCCUCACUACUGUAGAGGAAGGCCUUCAGGCUUUUGCCACUCCUGAUGGCCCUGGAGAGUCUGUGUGGGAAUUUGUUUGUGACGUGGUGUGUGAGGACCUCUGUCAGACGCAGGACCUUUCGGUUGUCUUUCAUGAGCAGAAGAGCCUGUUGGUUCAGACGUUUUCUGUGCUGCAGGCUCUUCACACAUGUCAGGAUCAGUGGUGCAGCAGAAGUGAUGCAGGUCUGUCCCUUAUUUCAACUGUUUUCCAAGUGUGCCAGUACCACAGUGAGCACAAAGAUGAAGACACAAAUAAAGAUGAGCAGCUGCAGGCUCUUGUCGAGGUCACCACUGAGUUUCUAGCUGACCUGUGCAGUCAGAUGUCUAAGGAUACAGUGGCAGAUUUGAUAAAGAAAGGCCACCUGACAGAGAAGACUUGUGUCACAGCUGCUUCCUGUUUACUUCCCAAGUUUAAGACUUCGUUUCAGCACCUACAAGCUGCUUUGUCAGAGGUUGAUCCCCGUUUGGCAGAAGUGAUGAAGACACAGUUUCCUGUCUGAGGCCGAUCACAGUUCAGCUCUUAUUCAGUCUCCUGCUGCUGCUUUUUAUAGCUGUCAGUAUUUCCUCUCUGCAGAUCCUGCUUCUGUCCAAAUGUUUGCGUUUCCACUGGAACGAUAGGCUCAUAAAUAACAGACUUCAUCCUCUCUUUUAAUAUUGUUCAUUAUUAAUAACUUUGUCAAGGUUAAGUUGUGUGUUUACUGCCUUUAUUUGUGGAAGAAAAAAACUGUUUAUGCAACUUGCGAUUAAAAGUGUUUUAUUAAAAAAAUAUACAAAACAUGCUUUCAAUGAAUUACUAACUUUAGGAUGGAAUAGCUAAAGCUGCAAUGAAGAGUGGUGCUAUUUUUUUGAGAGGCGAUUUAGUCAAAAACUGUUGACAACAUGUAUUACUGCACUUCAUAUAGGGCUUCAGCACCAUCAGCCCCUGUACUCUGUUUGGCCAUCUGCUUGUCCGUUUAUCCAUCCCACAAAUACAUUCAAGUAGUAGCAUAAAGUCUUUCACAGUCUUUGACCAUCAUGAAAUAUACUUGCCUUUAUUUGGCUGUUAGUCCAGCCAGGACUUUUUUCCUAGUUAUUAAUUUAAGCGUGGGAUGUCUGACAACUGUACUAUUGGGUGAUGAUGAUGCACUUUAUUUGCAGACCUAUGGUCCAUAAAACAUAAAAAGUCAAUAAACAUAUUGGACAGAACAUCAUUUCCAA